GCGGCCUGUGAGCGAGGAGCCGUGUGGCAGCGCGCGGGCUCUCUGGUGUCUCCGGGCCGGACCGGUCCAGCACAGCCCCAGCCCCAGCCCCGCCGCUACCGGUCCCCCUCUGUUCCCUCCGCUCCUUACCAGCGCCCGGCCCGGUGCUUGGGAGGCACCGGGCCCGCUCGGAAGAACGCUGACGCGCUCAAUGCUCAGGGUGAGGGUCUGCGGCGAGGAGGAACUGGGGGGCUUCGGGUGUUCUGUUGGAGCAUACGCUGCACAUUUAUGGCGAUUCUGAGUGUGAGGGCAGAAUUCUGCCAGGCCCAGCACAGCAUCCUGGCUGACAAGUGAGCUGAGUGCAGGGGCUUCCACGUGCCAUAAUUACUUUGCCUUGAAGACUCCGGACACAGUAGACACUCAGAUAUAUGGGAUAUCUUCUGCACAUUGGAAGCAUUUUCCUUUUACUGACUCUAGCAAAACGAAGCAUCAAGAAAACAAAGUGGAGAGAAAAUCUGCCCUUACUUUUUUGCCUCACCAGUGCCUAAAUGUAGAACAGGCUGCCUAGUCUUGCAUGUAGUCAGAGUUUUGGAGUCUGAAGGGUACCACCUGCAGCAGUUGAGGCCGAAGUUGAAUUCAAGUGGAUUCUGAAGCAAACCAGCUUUUCUACCAGCAAAUUCUUUACGGAACAAACACGUCAAAGCAAGCUCUGAUCUGUCCAAGGCAUUUUAGUGGUCUCUUUAAUGUUUUCUGCUGUGAAACCUUUCCAAGGUUAUUGAUUUUUUUUAAUUUUUUUUUUAAUUAUUUUCCUCAAUCUUUUGGCCCCUUGCACACUUCAGUUGCCAUUAUGAACCGUCCAGCCCCCGUGGAAAUCACUUAUGAGAACAUGCGUUUCCUGAUCACUCACAACCCAACCAAUACAACCCUCAACAGGUUCACAGAGGAGCUCAAGAAGUAUGGAGUGAGAACCCUGGUGCGAGUUUGUGAAGCCACUUACGAUCAAGCUCCCAUCGAAAAAGAAGGAAUCCAGGUUCUAGACUGGCCAUUUGAUGAUGGAGCACCACCCCCCAAUCAAAUAGUUGAUGACUGGCUCAACCUGUUGAAAUCCAAAUUCCGUGAGGAGCCUGGCUGCUGUAUUGCUGUUCACUGUGUUGCAGGGUUGGGAAGGGCUCCUGUACUGGUUGCACUUGCUCUCAUUGAAUGCGGAAUGAAGUACGAAGAUGCAGUUCAGUUUAUAAGGCAGAAAAGGAGGGGAGCUUUCAAUUCCAAACAGCUGCUUUACCUUGAAAAAUACCGGCCUAAGAUGCGAUUACGCUUCAAAGAUGCCAACGGUCACUGCUGUGUUCAAUAAAGCAUAAUCCCAAACGAAGGCAGAAGCUAGCAUGGCUCUUUUCUGGACUCUUGGCACCUGGAAAUGUGAAUCUGGAAUCAAACUACAGCAUCAGAUUGGGGGGAGUCAGUCAGUGACCUCAGCCUCUGUCCUAAUGGUGGUGAUGAUUGAAAAAAAAAUAAAAAUUAAAACAAACCUAAGAGCAACAUUUCAGUGAAGGAUUGUUUUCUCCUUGAGCUGCAGUUGGAACAUCUGCAGGGAGAAAAUCAGUUUCUGAAUCUUGUGUAUUUUUAACUUUUUAAGAAAAGAAAUAAAGUAAAUUUUAUGUCUAAGGAAAA